CGGUUCCCUUGCGAAAUAUGCGACAAGCUGUUCUACAAUUCUCUGACGGCCAGUCACCACAUGGACGCUCUGCAGCACUGGGCUCCCAAGGUAGAAUGCGAGACGUGCAACGCGGUUUUCUAUACACAGGAUGCUGCAAAUCGGCAUAAGACCGCAAAGGCACACUUCAAAAAUUACUGCCCCAGUUGUGACAGAUGGUUCCAGAACGAAAACAACCUACAGCAGCAUCUGAGAUCGAAGAUUCACCUCGGCCAGAACUUGCUCUGCCCCUUCUGCAAGAACAUGUACACCACAGCUAGUGGACUGGCUCACCACCUCGAAACCGGCUCCUGCACCUGUGCUCCCAAUCUCAACCGCGAAUCCAUCCAUGACCUGGUGCGUCGUCUCGAUAAACAAGGCAAGAUUACAAAGAAGCUGCUCGAGUGGCAUGCUAGCGACUCCGGUCAAUAUUCGGUUUCCCCAAAUGCCUAUAACGGGAGUGCCUGGGAGUGCUACAUAUGCCAUAGAACGUUCGAGACUUCAUCCGCGCUCAGUCAGCACCUGAACUCACCUACGCAUAAGCAGCAAAUCUAUCAUUGUCCCAAUGUCAGCAAGUGUAGGAAGCAGUUCACCACUUUGGCAGCUUUGUUCAACCACCUAGAGAGCGAAUCUUGUUCCUAUAUGAGAUUCGAGAAUGUCCAGAGGAAUGCGCAAGGUAUUCUUACAGGAAGGAAGCUCAUAGGAUUUUGAUUGCAUCCGCGAUUACGGAGACCACAUCUGAGCAAACCCAUUGGGGAACACGUCUGAGAAUCCAUGACAGACUCAUCGCCUAUGUUGCGUUGCUCUUGGAUGAGUAUCUAUCGGCCUCUUAUGGCAUUUCUCAACAUUGUCUAGGCAUCUUAUUCCUUUUUCUCGCAC